AUGGCUGAUGCUCUUACUCUUCUUUUAAGGAAAUUUAUCGAUGACUUUAAGAAAUAUUCAUCGUUACCUGAGAAAGAAUACAGUAAACUAAUGGGACGUGAUUCAUCAACGGCUCUGCGUAAUCAUCUACUAGCAGGCAUGAAGCAGGUUUAUGCAAAUGAGGAAGUGCACGAUCUGUUAGUCGGAGCAAUAGAUCUGGUGAAUAGGAUCCGUAUGGAAGGUUUCAUUCGAGCAAGAGAACAGCAUGGAGAAAAGUGUAUAGAUGAGAUUCUAGUUCGUUGUGAAAAAUUAUGUAACAUGAAAUAUAUCUCGAACAUAGAACAGGGAGAAGAGGUUGUGGUGGGGUUUGAUGAAGAAGUGGAAACACUACUUGAUCAACUUACUGGUAACACUUCUACAAAGCAGCUCCUGGUUAUCUCAAUUGCAGGAAUGGCUGGUCUUGGCAAGACUACUCUGGCUAGAAAACUUUACAAUGAUCCAUUAGUCGAGUACAUCUUUGAUAUUCGAGCGUGGACCUGUGUUUCUCAGGUUUAUCUCGUUAAAGAUUUGUUACUGGGCAUACUAAGCACUUUUAUCCAUGACAUUACGGACGAGGUUUACAAUAUGUACGACACACAGUUGGGGGAAAAGCUAUACAGAUUACUAAAGGGUCGUAAGUAUUUGGUGGUCUUGGAUGAUAUCUGGGAUUCUAAGGCCUGGAAUGAUCUCAAAAUGUAUUUCCCAGAUGACAAAACUGGAAGCAGAAUCCUGUUUACCAGUCGUGACAUAGACAUCAGUUCACAUGUACAGGCAGCAAGACCUACUCAUGUUUUGCGUUUCCGUAAUGAAGUUGAAAGUUGGGAUUUGUUUCUAAGAAAGACCUUUAGGACUGGAAUAUGUCCUUUUUCACUGGAAGCUUUUGGAAGGGUGAUUACAACAAAAUGUGAUGGUUUUCCCCUGGCAAUUGUCAUCGCCUCUGGUCUUCUGAAAAAUAAUUUGUCAAAUGACUGGUGGGGGCAAAUUGCUGAAAAGCUUAACUUGUUUAUGGUGAGCAACCCAGACCAGUACAUGGACUCGCUGGCUUUGAGCUACAACGAUUUGCCACCUCACUUAAGACCAUGCUUUCUCUUUUUUGGAUCAUUUCCUGAGGACUAUGAGGUACCCGUGACAAAGCUGAUUUUGCUAUGGAUCGCUCAAGGGUUCAUAGAUCAAAGUGGAAGCAAAACCAUGGAGGAUGUUGCAGAGGAUUUCUUGAUGGCCUUAAUCAAUAGAGGUUUGCUGAUGACUUCCAAAAAGAGGGCUGACGGCCGUAUCAAAGCAUGCUGCAUCCAUGACUUGUUGCGGGAUGUAUGCUUGAGAAAAGCCGAGGAAGAGAAAUUUCCGUUACUUAGUUACAAAUAUGCUCUUGUUCCAGCAUCCUCCACUGCUAUCCUCUCUGGUUUGUGCUAUCCAUGUGAGUUGGGCAAUACCCUUCAAAAAGGUAGACUAAUAGGUAGACCACUUCAUUAUGAAAGAUACAAAACGGUUAGGGUUCUUGAUAUGGAGUACGUCCCUAUGUCUGUAUUUCAUUCUGAUCUAGUACACCUUAGUGAUCUAAGAUACUUGGCUAUUCAAGCUUAUGAUGGAACUCCCCCUGCAUCAAUAUCCAACCUUUUCAACUUACAAACGCUGAUAAUAUCGUCAAAGAAGAAUAUUGUCCUACCAAAAACCAUAUGGAAUAUGGUAAAUUUGAGGCACCUUUCUAUCAGAUCAGGGGAAAACCUUAUUGAGGAGCCUAACUUUGUACAAGUAGCAAAGAAUGUUGAUUCUCCAAAUUUGUUGCCUAGCCUGCAAACAUUAUGCCAAGUGAGUCCUCAAUCUUGUCAGUAUGUAUCAUCAAGAGCUCCCAAUCUUAGAAAGCUUGGGUUUUGUGGAUCCUUAAUAUCGAGUUUAGGUGAUCUGGAAUUCCCAAAUGUAAGCUCCUUGCAACACCUCCAAAAAUUGAAACUACUAAACAUAAUUCCAUACCCGGAAGCAACAAGAUCAUGCAAUCCUGUUCUGUUUCCUGAGGAUAUUAGGAAACUGACGUUGUCAAACACAGGAAUGCAUUGGGAAGAGAUGUGGACUUUCUCCUUGCUACCCAACCUUGAGAUUCUAAAGUUAAAACUUCAUGCAUGCGCGGGAGAAAUGUGGGAGACAGAUGAUGCAGAAUUUCCACGGCUCAAAGUCUUGAAAAUGCAUUAUUUGGACAUAAAAUAUUGGGUUAGUUCCAGGGAUAACUUCCCACGACUACAACGAUUAGUGGUUCAUCGUUGUUCAAAACUCAAAAGUAUCCCACUUGAUCUAGGCAGAAUUUUAACACUGGAGGUAAUUGAGGUACGUGGAUGUAGAACUUCUGCACAUAACUCUGCAAUAGAAAUCCAGAAGGAACAAGAGAAUGAAGGAAACUUUUUCUUGAAAGUCCACGCAAAGCCAGAGUUAGAAUUCCAGUAAGAGCAAUAGUGACCUUCAUUUCAAAUCUUUCACCUUUGCUGUAAGGUAUCAUCUCAACUUUAAUGUCAAUAAUUCUGUAACUGUUGGUAUGUGACAUGAAUCUGUGUUAGCAGUUCAAUUUUGUCUGUUUGUCUUUUCGUAGUUGAUAAUAUUUUAGUUAGCUGUUAGUAGAGUAA